AUGCGUACCGUCGAGGACGUCGGUCCGCGCUCGACGGCGCCUGCCGUCGGGCCGGUCGACCUCGGCCGCAACCGCGACCACGGGGCCAGCCGCGGCGGUUCCGCUACCGAUUCCGCUACCGGUUUCCCGCACCCCGCGCCCUACCACCCGGCCACCCUUGCGGCGGACUCGAACAACAACCACGACCACCAUCGGAACUUCGAGUCCACCGAGCCCGGUGACGUCCGACGUCACGAACAUUGGAGCAAGUGGCAACUGCACUCGCCGAGCGCCGAAUCCGAGCACGCAAACGGCACUCUGAAUAGAGCGAUCUCUCGGACGGAGAUCGAUCAACCUCAUCAUCAGCAUCAGCAGCACCAGCAAUCGCACCAGCAACGGCAACGACCGGCAUCCAUAUCCGACUCUCCUCUUCCCUGCAACAAUCAGGCGACCACCACGACGGCCACCGCCUUUACCGUUGCCUCAAGCAUGCUUUUGCUGCAGACCCAGAGCCCUUUCGGAUGUAGUACCCUAGCGGAUCUGCUGACGGUGCCGUAUUCGGAACCGACAGAUGCCGGAAGUCUGCCGGACGAGCUGGACCCCUUUCCGGAAAUUCAACUGGGCAACCCCCAAGGAGCGAUUUCGGCUGGGAUCGAGUCGGUCCAUUCCCAGCAACCUCCUCAUCAGCAACACCCGCCGCUUCCGGGAGACGUGCAAACCGAUUCCCUUAGUCCAACGCCGCUCCCCAGCUUCCAGGAGACGUACACGGUCCAGCGAUACUCGCGGCAGGACAUCGUUGGACUAGGGCUCAAGAUGGACGAGGACAGCUACGAUUCGGUCUACACGUGCGGAGCCCUCUACCCAACGGAGUUCUCCCCGGCUCUGCCGUACCAGCACCACCACCAGGCGCAGCACCCCCAGCAACACCACCAGCAACAGAAUCCGCGACUCCAAGAGCAGGAUCAGCAGCACCAGGAUCAGCAGGACCAGCAACGUCGCCAGCAGCCUCCGCAGCGGCCGACCCACCACCAGCUGCACCAUGCGCACCACCACCACCACAACCAUCACCACCACCAGCAACAGCAACACCACAGGCAGGAUUACUUCUCGCCUGAGAGCGGACCGGUAACGACGGUGGCCCUCAUCACCCCCCAACCUGCUGGGGCCGUUCCGACGCCGCCACCGCCGCCUCCACCGCCACCUCCACCACCUCCACCGCCACCGCCACCACCACCCCCAGCUCCAGCAAUGGCCUCAGUUCCUGCGAGUCAGCAAGGCUCGCCAUACUCCACCCUGUCCAUGGUCUACGGACCCCCCAGCAUCGCUGGCAUCAACCCCGUUCCUUCGAACACGGUCCUCAGUCCACCCCAGGCGGAUCAUCAUCAGCCCGUUCCUGGCAUCGCACCCAGCAACGCCGCCAGCAACGCCCGGUCGAGGCGCGCCUCUCUGCCGCUUCAGCGAUCCGAGUCCACGAGCAGCAACGAGUCGCCGAAGCCGCGAGGUGGUGGUUCCUCCAGCUCCGUGGGCUCGCCCUGUUCCAGCAACGGAGAGCGAGCACCUCCCAGUCCGAGCCAACUGUGUGCCGUUUGCGGCGACACCGCCGCUUGCCAGCAUUACGGGGUGAGGACUUGUGAGGGCUGCAAGGGCUUCUUCAAGAGGACCGUGCAGAAGGGCUCGAAGUACGUCUGCCUCGCGGAGAAGGCCUGCCCCGUCGACAAGAGACGUCGGAACCGCUGCCAGUUCUGCCGCUUUCAAAAGUGCCUGAUGGUCGGCAUGGUCAAGGAGGUCGUUCGGACGGAUUCCUUAAAGGGCCGCCGCGGGAGACUUCCUUCGAAGCCCAAGUCGCCCCAGGAGUCCCCUCCGAGUCCACCCGUCUCCCUGAUCACCGCCCUGGUCAGAGCCCACGUGGACACGACGCCCGACCUGGCGAACCUGGACUACUCCCAGUACCGAGAAGCAGGUCCCAACGACCCGCCCGUCACCGAGGCAGAGAAGAUACAACAGUUCUACAACCUCCUGACGAGCUCGGUCGACGUGAUCCGCAACUUCGCCGACAAGAUUCCUGGCUUUUCGGACCUCACGAGAGAGGACCAGGAGCUGCUCUUCCAGUCAGCCAGCCUUGAGUUGUUCGUCCUGAGGCUAGCCUACCGCACCAGGGCCAACGACACGAGGCUCACCUUCUGCAACGGCGUCGUCCUAGCCAGAUCCCAGUGUCAACGGAGCUUUGGCGAUUGGCUCCACGGAAUCUUCGACUUCUGUCAGGCUCUUCAUGUCCUCGACGUUGACAUAAGCGCCUUCGCCUGCCUCUGCGCGCUCACCCUGGUCACUGAGAGGCACGGUCUUCGGGAACCCCAUCGAGUGGAGCAGCUACAGAUGAAGAUCAUCGCCUCGCUGAGGGACCACGUGACGUACAACGCCGAGGCCCAGAGGAAAGCCCACUACCUGUCGCACCUGCUGGGGAAGCUCCCAGAGCUGAGGAGUCUCUCCGUCCAGGGUCUCCAGAGGAUCUUCUACCUGAAGCUGGAGGAUCUGGUCCCGGCGCCGCCCCUGAUCGAGACCAUGUUCGUCGCGAGCCUACCCUUCUGAGCCUCCGUUCACCCGGGGACCCUCGUCGACGAGUAACAUCGCCGAGUAACAUCGCCGGUUCCUUCGGCGACCUAGCUCGGAGUGCAGCUUACCUUUGCGCCGCGUCUCUUGUCCAGAAAACCUAUUUUGGUCCAGAUUCGAGGACCUCUCCCCCGACCUAUCCCCUAGAUCGGUCGGAGGAGAACCAUCCAGGGUGAUCGGGCAUUACCUUCGAGGAUGCAUGGAGGGCGAAAGCUUGAACGGAGAAAAAACAAACAAACAUGUGUGGAUGUUUUAGGACCAUUUUUAAGGGUAAACGCGAUAUCUAGGGAAUGUAAGGAAUCGAACGCUCCGUCCCCCGGAGGUACCAUUGAUCGCGCCGGAAGGUGACGAUGCCGAUGACUUUCCCGGUUUUCGAAGGAUCGGCGCCAUUGAUGGUGCUUCCAUGAGGCCCUCCUACGGGGAUUGGUGAACGAAGGUACCGAAUUCACAGAGAAAUGGUUAUUUUCGACGAGUUUUCAAGGUUUUUGUCACACCUUCGGCGGUACCUCCUCGUAGGAGCGGAGUCGUUCCUUUAGGAAUUGCGUGGAAAGGUUGCGGAGAAACGGUAUCGAGGGCACUGAAAUUCUGGAAGGAGGGGCGAUAUCCUGGUCGCCUUUGGGUUCGAUCGAUGAUCAGGGUGCGUGGAGCAACGAGUUCCCUGGAAGACGGAUAGAUCGGCUGUGUUCUCCAGGAAUCCGGAACAGCGAUUAAACGACAGCAUCGCGAGAUAUCACCCACGGUUAAAAGGUUUAAUCGCACCUAUCUCUGAUACCUUAGAGCAAGAGCCAGCAACGAUCAGCAAUAUUUAGAUGAUUAGUCUUCCCGUGAAAAACAGCUCCUACGCAGAAUUAAGGGCGGCACUCGUGCGAAGGACCUCCGCGCGCUUGCAAUUAGCUGACUACUGAAAAUGCUGUACAUAAGGAUAAAUAGAUUAGGGUAAUAACUUAGAAGGAUGGAUCUCAAUGCCUGGUGAUCAUCGGGAAUUUCAACGUGAAUUUGGUGUCCUCAAUAUUUCAUUCUCUCGUAAAGGGCGCUUUUAUUAGGGGAGUUAGCUCGCGGAACGCCCGAGAGGCCGUGAAUGCGCGGGUUGUAGCUUUUGUCAUAUCGUUUGCUGUGAGAUGUAUGGACCACUGUAUCAACUAUUCGUGACAUAUCAGUGCCGAGACGACGAGGCGAAGGCGGUGGUUGUAAUCCCUGUCAGGAAGCCGCACUACGUGUCGUUUUAAUCCCGCCAACUAUGCUCCAAAUAAGGCCGCCUCUGCACUAUUACUUCUAGUGGAUAGGGAUGCACCUCGUGUCUACCUUUGUGAACUCUCGUUAUCGCCUACCAGUGUCUGUACCUACUAUCGCUGUUACUAGAACCGAUCCCACUAUAUCGCCGACACCGACCACGUUCGCGCCCAUUGACUUAAUCACGACCCGCGACCCAGGUAUUGUCGAAGUGUACAAUUUUUGUCCAAAAGCUUUUGUUACUCGAACACAUCAGUCACGUGACAGCGAAACGCACGUGGUAGUCCCUAAAGGGAAAGGUCCCUAUAGGGAAAGUCCCUAUAGGUAAAAUUAUGACCCACGACCCCAGGCCGGAUUCUAACAUCCUGAAUCUGAUUCCAUCUUUCGAACUUAAAAGCUUUUUCCUGAUGAGUACAAUGGCGGACAUGAAUGCCUCCCCUACAGAUACGACAUCGUCUGUGCAGGAUGGGAGGGCAUUGAUGUCUCCCAGUGUACGACUUUAUUCGACGUAUUCAGAGGUAAAAAAAAAAUGACUUGAAUAUACUACGGGACUUGAAAUGUCGAUUUUUAUCUGCUUAGACUUUGAAUCUUUCUUUCGUGCAAUCUUUGGUAUUUAAAUUCGGUAUCGUAAAACCGGCAAAUGUGUCGUGAUUUGCCAUGUGCGAUUAAGUCGUUUACAAAAUGUCCCGGAAUUCUAAUUGUUAUUUUAUUUUACAAAUUAUAUUAAUGUUACGUAUUGGCCGUGGAAGAUGAUUUCGGUGCAAACGUGGUCAUCGGUGCCCCAGCUAAAGAAAUCGCCCCCAACUAUCGCUACUAUCGCUACUAUUGCUGCUACUGCAGCUCCUUCCUCGGUUACCGACCUGUAUGGUAGAUAGAUACCCUAUUUAUAAAAACGCCGUCACACCCUACUAUUGUUACCGUUAGUACUAAUUUUAGUGGCCACUCUGGGUGACGAACUUGUGUAUUUAAACCGCGGCGUGGAGCAACACCGACAAGAGCAACAGUUGCUGCGCCGCAGUUUGCCAAGCAGCAAUUCGCGAGAUCUCGAUAGACUUUUUCAACACUUUCAUUUCCCUCCCGAGGGAUCUUCCUGAGAAGAGAUCGAAAAGUCGAACAGAAAUAACCGGGUGAUAACCUAAUUCAGACGCAAGAUGGCGACCUCGGAUUUCCAAAAAUCUCGAGUUUCGCCAAGUCAAAGUCGAAAAAUCGAAAUUUCGAUGUGGCACCUUAUUCUGUAUUAAAUUCUAGCACACUUGUAGCACAUCCUAGUUCCGCCUCUUCUUCUCUUUCCUUUCCUCGAAAAACUUUGCGGAUACCCUACAUAACAAGCCACAUGUAUUAAAUUAAUUAUACCUGUACUAAAAACACUAUCUAACGCCUCACAGUGCCCUAACAUAAGUGGUAGUUCCCUUUUUUGGUCUCUUCUCGUCAAGAUCCAUCUGACUAAAGGGUUAGAAAUAAACCCUACACCACGAUUACCGACAUUACAGUUUUUUCAAUAAUUCUUUUCAAACGAUUGCACAAAACCGAUCAAAGGGUUUGUAGGGUGGCAAAGGUCCUCGUAAAGGAAAGAUCUGCUCUUAGAUAGUUUGGUAAGCCAGUUUCGUCGAAUAGUGAGAAACUGCAAUGUCGGUAUCGUCUUCAAGACCCUUCUUUAGCGGCGAUCGAAACGAGAUGUAUGUAGGUAGAUACGCGUUAUCGCGAGACGGCGUUGGAGUAACGAGACGAGCUGGAGGGCUGGAUUUGACAGGGGAGUUUCAAGUGCCUUCUGGCCUGCGAGAAAAAAAAAAUAAGAAAAAAAAAAAGAAGAUACUAUUUCCUAUUUUUUCAGGAGGACGAUGCGGUAGAGAUAGAGACAAAGUGCCUGCCGCGUAAUUGUCGCGCGGACAGAGCACCAGUGCGGGGGAAUCGCCGCGGAAUUACGUUGAUUAACGUUUAGGUCGUAGGGUAUAAGACGAGUGGCUGUUUACUAUGGUUACCAUAUCCCUGUUAGGAUACUCAUUACCACUUAUCACCGUGUUCACCCUGAUUCGAGGAAGAGGGGAGGAGAGAGACGCGCGCGAUAACGUACAAGUAGACGUGCCGGGUGGAAGAUCGAGGAAGUCAAAGAAACAAAGAUUCGAUGAUCGUCCAUCAUCCUUGGCGUUGAUAGCUAUGAAUAUUGCGGGGAAAACGAUAACCUUGUAAUGUACCUACAUCCUCGCUCAAAAUGUAUUUGGCUCGAAACUCUGCCAAGUUUCUUUACGUACACUCGAGUACCCCCUGGGAAGUGCCCGGGAAAAUUUGACGAAAUCUCCUUCCCCAGUGAUUUUAGAGAAAUACCUCUCAUACAAAAGUUGCACAGAAUAACACGCGGAAUAACUUUUGUUGGAAACAUUUUUCUAUAACAAGCAUUGUUAAGGCGGAAAACGAUAUUUAUUGUUGAGCUACGACUCACGCUCGUAGUUAUCGGAAUCGGAGCGUCGGGAAUUGUUUCUCUGUUUUUCUUUUCGUAAUUGAAUGAUUCUUGGCCCUGGAACUUUUGAUUUGACUUCAUGUCCCGCUUCUUCCGGCCCUUUUCUAACCCGUUAACCACCGUUCUCUCUCUCUCUUCCUCACCUUCCGUCUGAGAUUAUGUUACACAAGUGCAGAGAAGGUCAACGUGAAAUGCGCGUACUCGCGCGACCUCCCUACAAUCAUAGUUGUACCCUCGCUACGUGUGUACCUAUAGGUAUAAUAGCGUUAGACGUAAGUGUAUAACUAGGUAAAGCUUUAAGCAUAGACUUUACGUACACAUAGGUCUAACAGUAGGCACCAACUUAAUUAUGUGUAACGCGUUUUAAAAGCCAUUUGCGUCUUCGUAUUCAGUGGUCCUUUUUUCCUAUUUUUCACUUACGUAAGUCCUCGUUCGUAGUCUUUAGUUACCUUUUCUCACUCUUUCUUUAAAUUCCUCGGUGCUCGGGUUAGAUUGCUCGGAAGGUAGUGUCGAACUCUUCUAGAGUCGAAGAAAAGGUCCGAGGUAAUCUUCCACGAGCACCGGGUAAGUCGUUCUGAGAUCAUCCAUCUCAUUGAUAAGACAGUGAUACGUAGAGAAGUGCACCGAGGAGGAAGAGAUAUAUAUAUAUAUGUAUACAUAUAUAUUUAGCGAUCAGGAUUUCGAAUGGUGAAUUUUUACUCCUUUUACUCCUUAUAAAAUCCCGGCCCGGAAGGCCCGGUGGAAAAUUCAUUAAAAAAGAAUCCCGUCUGAGUAGGUGUGCGACAUUUCUUGCCCGCAUUAGCGAUUCUUCCUUUAAUUUUAUUCUCUCUCCCUCUCUCUCUCUUUUUGUUUUUUAACCUGUGCUAAAUACUCCUUUCCGGGUAUACGUGUCUCGAUAAAUGUUCUACCGUUGUUUAUCUUCCGUAAGGAUGUCCGCUUAUUACGCCAAAAGCGUGUCGUGGAGUAUUUAUAUAUAUAUAUAUUAUCCCCUGAGAGAAGGAAGUGUCGAGAAUUGACCUGAAUAAAAUGUGUCGUUGUAAAUUUCCGACUCCUACUAUUUUAGACCGAUUUACGUGGCCCGGGACUCCCAGGGUAAUGCGACGUGUAUUAUGUGCAUUUAAUGUAUACAGGCUGUAUCGUUUAUUAAAAAGAGACAUUAUUUACGAAUUUCGGUGAAAUACCCUCGCGGCCUGAAGGGGUUAAGUGCCUUUCGAUGAAGUGAGUUUGAAAGAGAACAAUUAGUUUAAGGAAAUAAUCGCUCACGAGGUUCUUUCAUAAGGCGGUUAUGAAAAUCGAAAGAGAUUAUUUGAGAUGCCAUGGAUUUCUGUGGGAAAGUUUUUCUUCAAAAUUUACCAGAAACUGAAGCGCAUAAAUCAGUGGAAAGUUACUAUCUAUUCACUUUCCGUUAUUAGAGUCUGAAUUUCUUUUUAAUCGAAAAACUAUCCCAUCGGUCCUUAAAUGAUCUUCUCUAGUUUCGUAAACCACUUCCCUAGAAUUCAUUUCCCUAGAAUCACAUGAACCGUGAAAAAGAAUCAGAAAUUCUCAGCAUUUUUAAUCAUUUGAACAUAUUUUUUGUCAUAAGUUCUCCGUACAACGUGAAUUAAAAUCAAGUACAUGGAAUAUAUCAUAAGCGAAUAAUUCCGAUGAAUUUUCAUUCGCUUUUAAACUCACUUCGAUUGAAAUGAACUUCACAAGCUGAAAGUCCCCUUAAGGGGACUCUUCCGAAUUUCAUUCCGUAUGUUUUGGAAUAAUAAGCUGGCAUUCCCUAGGGGAAUAAAUCUAACCAAAUCUAGCGCUUUUUAUCACCAACACGUGUAUUACAACGCUGCAGAGAAACGCAGUGAAACUCAUUGUUUCCCGUUGAUAAUCCCUUGUGAAAAUCUCCACUUAUCCGGUUAGGAUCAAAUUUUGAGUAGAUGCAAAUUCCCCUCGCCCCGUGAGCGAUCGCCGACUAAUUAACAAAUUGCGAUAUUUAUUUACAUAUCUUGUACGCAUUGAUGAUAGUUCCUUUGCACAUGUGAUUUAUACAACACCCGCGCAUGGAUGAACGCUCGUACGAUGUACAACGAAAAAAUUCGACCCGCUUACUCAUUCGAAUACCGAGUCGACAUUUUUCCGGGAGACUAGACAUUAACGGUAUUUCAUUUUAUCGCUAAUACGCGUGAAUUUAUAACUACAUUUAUAUUUGCAUUUCCCGAAGCUACGUUUAACCGAGCUUGUCGUAACACCCAUGCAGUUGGAUUUAAGGACGUGUCGUUUCUACUGGGAGAAACUUGUUCGAGUUUCUUUAUCGAAUUGAUCGUGUUGGAUAUUAACAAUCGACUCGUUUUUUAAUUUAUACGUAUAUAUAUAUAUAGAUAUAUAUAUACAUGUAUACAUGUACACUGGGCUUGCCGCGAAUCGACGUGGCCAUUGUCAAAACUGUGAAAUAUAUGCUUUGUUGAUAUAAAAUACACUAAAUGUUGUUACAUUGUGUUGG